AUGAAGACCAAGAAACAUUCUCCCAGCACCAAGAAGGCUACUACCGCUCCUGCCAAGAAAGCUCAAGGGUCUAGCAAGAGCAUGCGCCCAGCAAAACAGGCUGCCGUCGCCAAGCUAUGUACGAAGGCAGACAUCAUGCACCCAGUGUCUGGAUCCGAAAAACAAGUCCAGGCCAACGCCAUCGCUGAGUUGGCGGCCGAGAACAAGAGGCUUACUACCGAGGUGAAUGGGUGGAAGCGCAGCUGCGAGCAUUAUGAAGAAGAAUGUGAACGCCUCGCCUCUGAAUUAGCCAAUGCUCCCCCCGCCGAAGUUUCCUCGGUUUCCGAAGAAGAAAGCAAUUGA